CCCCGUGAGUGGCUCUGUUUAUGAACUGGUUCAACUGGACGGCUCCUCUCCGAGCGCAGAGCUUGAAGAUGGAACCGAAGACCCGGAGGUAAGGCGGGUGUGAAACAAAACCAAAGAGUCCGGCUCGGAACCGAACCAUGAAACUCGCCAGGGCGGCCUUUUACGUGUCGGCUCUGGGGCUGCUGGUGGUCGGCCUGCGGGAGCUGCUGGCUGGCUUCGAGGAGAACAGAUGCAGCAUGACCUACAUGUUCGAGUACCCGGAGUACCGGCGGGUGUCUCUGCCGCGCCGCGUGGCCCGGCUCUACCCMGCGUACGGGCUCUACCUGUACGGGGAGGGGCUGUACGCUCAGGAGACCCGGGCGCUCAAACUCAGCGGUGCACCUGUCCUCUUCCUGCCCGGCAACGCAGGAAGUUACAAACAAGCUCGCUCUCUGGGCUCGGUGGCCCUGAGGAAGGCUGAGAAUCUGGAGGGGAGGAUGCACCUGAACGUGUUCACCGUGGACUUCAACGAGGAGCUGGUGGCUCUGUACGGGGGCAGUUUGCUCAGACAGACGCACUUCCUGCACGAGAGCAUCAAGGCCAUCCUACGACUUUACAAGCACCUGAAGACCCCGCCUCAGAGCGUGGCGAUUGURGGUCACUCCAUGGGUGGGGUGGUGGCUCGAGCGCUCUUCACACUGCCUCGCUUCAACCCUCACCUGGUCAGCCUCAUCAUCACCCAGGCCUCUCCGCACCAGGCUCCGGUCCUGGGUCUGGACCCGUACCUGCUGGAUUUCUACUCGGCGGUGAGGCAGAGAUGGGUCAACCAGGCCAACAAGCUCAGGAAUGUUACGGUUCUGUCCGUCGGAGGUGGUCACCGGGACUACCAGGUCCGCUCUGGACUGACGUCCCUUCCCUGUCCCCCUGGAGACCCUAACAAGCUGUCCCUGGUGGUAACGGCUGUCCCCAGGAUGUGGGUGUCCACAGACCACCUCUCCAUCGUUUGGUGCAAGGAGCUGGUUCUGGCCACCGUCAGAGCCUUCUUUGACCUCGUCGAGCCCGAAACCAGACAGUUCACAGAAAACCCCGAGAAGAAGCUGUCGGUGCUGAAGCAUCACUUCAUCCGACAUCCCGUCAGGAUGGAGGGAGACGGUCAGGAGACGUCCGUCUUCAUGUCAGAUCCUCCUGAAGCGUGGAGUGAAGUCAACACCCUGCGCCUGUCCUACAGCACGCCGAAGGAAGGACAGCCUAAGCACUUCCUGUUCGCCCUGUCGAGCCGCAGGAAGGCCUACAGUCACUUCUACUGCCGCAGCGACAACCUGGAGGCGAGCAGCUGGGUGCUGGGCUGCCUGCAGAGGAAAGGCUCGACAUGUGUUCACGCCCUGGAUCUGUCUGCAGGAACAGAACUCCUGCCUCCUUACAAGGUCCUGCUUCUGAGUCUCGGCGACUUGACGUCUGUGAGUCACCUGGUCGUUUCUGCCUCCAACCUGAACGGCAAACAGUUCACGGUGGAGUGCGAGUGGCAAAGACAAGAGUCUGUGCUUCUGUCCGUGUCCGUCCCUCAUGUCCUGUCCUUCGGUUUGACCAGCAGUGAAGUCGGCGUGAACUCCUCUGGUCUUCUUCACAACAUCCAGCUGCUCCACUUCCACCAGGUGUACCAGGCGUUCAGGCUCACCGUGUCCAGUCAGUGUCGGGUCAGUAAAGACAGGUUGCAGAGUGUUUACAGGAUGAAGGUCCCCUGGUUCAGGGAGGACUCCUUCACCUGGGUCAGCGUGCCGUCGUCAGCGGAGAUCUCAGGGAUGCUUCACACGAGUCGACCAGACAACGCCUCCAGUGUCCUCCUGCAGCUCCACACUGCCCCCAACUGUCAGUAUAAGGUGUCAAUAAGAACAUCGUUACCUAAAGUCCUGGGACAGACCCUGAGGUUCUGCGGUCCCAUGGUUCCGGUCUACACGGCGGUGACCCUCCUCCUGGCCUGCGGGGGACAGCUGUCGUCCAUCCUGAAGUCGGGACGAGCUGUGGACUUGAGCCGGGCGGUGGGCGGAGCCCUGCAGCCUCAUAAGAUCCACCUGCCUGUUUAUUUGUUGCACACGCUCCUCAGCUGGAGCUGGUUCCAGGAGGUCCUCGCCCCUCCACCCGUGGACAUGCUCCCCCACACCUUCCCAGACAGGAUGUUGCCAUCUCCCCCGGAGGAGUGGCCACACCUCCUGUCCCCUCUGCUCUACGUUUUCGGGGCGGCAGUGGCGUACUGGGGCAGCUGUUUGCUCCGCCUCCUGAUCCAGGUGGUCUCACUGGUCUUGGCUCCUCUGUUCAGACCAUCCGUGACCAGGGACGCAGGGACGCUGCGGCUGUGCACUCGCCUCCUCGUCAGUCUGUGUUUGGUCGUGGUGGGCGGGACUUCCUGUGGGGCGCUGUCGAUCGUUUUCUCCACUCUGUUUCACUUUUACAGAGUCCUCCGGCUGCAGAUGACAGAGCGAUCUUUGAGUCACAUGUUGAACCUGGCGCCGCAGAAACACCCAUCAGAGAACGGCACAGCGGACCCUGAACCCAGGAACGGGUCUGAGGCCCCCCUGCUGUCCGAGAGCGCCCUGCAGGAGGUGAGGGACGACCUGCAGCUGCACCUCAGCCUGUCUGCGCUCUUCAUGCUGCCCGUCAUGCUGGGAGCGCCGUCUCUGAUCCACUGGAUCCGCAACCUGAGUCGACUCCUGCCCCUGACGUCCUUCCUCCCUCUUCCUCUGGCCAUCACCAUGGUGACCUUCUCCUCGCUCCACCUGUACAGAAUCACCUACUUCCUGUCGGCGGCGCUCGUCCCCCUGGCCUUGUGUUGUCUGUACUGACGGCCCUCGUCAGGGACCCGCCUGCUCCUGGCUGGCUCGCCGUGGCCUCAGAUUCCCAUGGAUGUCCUGAAACCGUGUUUGCCUUACUCUGUCGACCCGGAGCUCCGCCCUCAGGGAGCGGCGACYCUCCGGGUCGUCUCCACAGGGUGUUCAAGUUCGAUUUUUCACCUCUCGCUCCCUCUAACGCUGCCCACUGCCCACAGGAAGUCAGAGAAACAAACGUUUACAUCCUCUUUGUUUAUUGUUGGUCAGGACCGAGGGUGGAGCUCUGCUCUGAGGAUAAUGUUUUUAAAAAGAAACGCUGUGGAUUUAAGUUGUUCUACUCAUGAGGGUUUAUUUGCACUAAAUCAUCAACAAGCGUGUAGUUAACGUCUUCAGGCAAGAGGCAGAUCCAAACUAAACCUUCUGAGCUCCUCAGCCAGGUUCUUCCUAACGAUCAAAAACAAACGAGUUAAAAAUGUUGCUCGGAGCCGAAGCUCCAGCUGCUGAUCUGAAUCUUUAAAGCACACGUUGCUCUUCUUUGGUGAACAUUAAGGCCAGGUCGGGUCCAGCUAAAGUAGAUUUCAGUUUAAGUGUCGAACAUUUGUUGGAGAUAUUGUUGCCCUUUGAACAACUUCAGUUUGUAGAAAUAAAGUUUGUUCUGACCAGAUUAACAAGCUAAAGGCUAAAGGCUAAUCUUAGCAAAGGCCGAGGCUGWAUCUGUCUUAAAACAACUUCAAAGGUUCAACGGUGCUGAGACGACUGUUAGCUCAGGUUAGCAUUUAGCUCAGAUUGCUUGUUAGCUUGGKCUACCUGAUCAGUCCAACUAGCUGUAACCUUGGACUACUUGUUAGUUUAAGUUAGCUUUUAGCUCAUACUACUUGUUAGCUUAGGCUAGCUGUUAUCUCAGACUAGCCAUUUGCUCAGAGUACUUGUUAGUUUAAACUACAUGAUCAAUCAGACUAGUCGUUACCUUGGCCUACUUGUUAGCUCAGACUCUGUUAGCUCAGACUAGCUGUUAGCUCAGGCUAGCUGUUAGCUCAGACCCCAUGUUAGUUCAGACUCCAUGUUAGCUCAGACUAGCUGUUAGCUCAGACUAGCUGUUAGCUCAGACUAGCUGUUAG